AUGGGUUGCUUGGAAAUGGAGAAAAAAGCGCUGCUUGAAUUCAAGAAUGGCCUUGUAGAUCCUGCAAGAAGGUUCUCCUCUUGGUUCGAUGGUGACUGUUGCGCGUGGGAAGGAGUACGUUGCAACAACAAAACGGGGCAUGUUAUUGUGAUCGCUCUCCAGAAUACUAACAACAGCCGUCAAGGGAGUUUGGGCGGCAACAUUAGUCACUCUUUGGUUCAAUUAGGCCAUGUUGUUUACUUGGAUCUCAGUUUGAAUGAUUUCCAAGGCAUCUGUGUGCCGGGUUUCAUAGGCUCCAUGAAGAGAUUGAGCCAUCUGAACUUGGGUAGAGCUGGGUUUGCGGGAACUGUCCCUUGGCAGCUUGGAGAACUCACGAACUUGCGUUAUCUUAGUCUUUCUUCUACGGUCUCGUCGAAUGGGCAGGAUUCAUUGAAAGUGGAUGAUCUUCAGUGGCUUUCUCGUCUCUCUUCUUUGGAACAUCUCGAAUUGGAUAACGUCAACAUGCCGAGCGUGGGCGAGACUUGGGUCAAAGUGCUCAAUGAGUUCCGCUCUCUUUCAUAUGUGUCUCUCUCCUCCUGUUCCCUUGAAAACAUUCCUCCAUAUCUUCCUUCUCUAAAAUUUCCAUCUCUUGUUUCUCUCGACAUUAGUAACAAUUACUUCAGUUCUACAAUACCCAAAUGGCUUUUCAAUGUUACUAGCCUUGUCCAUCUCAUGCUUGGUGGAAAUUGGUUCCACGGCACUGUGCCUGAGGUUGUAGGCCAGCUUACAAAUCUAAGUACUCUCAGUCUUUCUAACAACUCGCUUGGCGGACCGGUCCCUGUAUCUCUAAUGCAUUUGGUUUCAUUGCAAACAUUGUAUCUUAAUGAUAACCAAUUCAAUGGGUCCGUCCCAAGUAGUUUAGGACAGCUUUCAAAGCUUGUCCUUUUGGACAUAGAAACCAAUUUCUUACAAGGCGACUUGUCCGAAAUUCACUUCUCAAACCUAAGACACAUGAAGCGACUGAUGUCUCGCCAGAAUUCUUUGGUUUUGAAGUUUCCUACAUGGAUUCGAACUCAAAAGAAUCUCGUGUACUUGAAUUUAACGAAUGCAGGUAUCUCUGAUGUUAUACCUGAUUGGUUUGGAGAGGUUACAUCAAAUCUUGGUGGACUCAGGCUCGCUCAUAAUCUAAUUUAUGGCCGAGUCCCGAAGUCAAUGAAGCUCCCCAUGCGUGCCAAAGUCGAUUUGAAAUCUAAUCAGUUGGAGGGAACUUUUCCAUUCUCAUCUUUCAAUUUUGGUUUACUAGAUCUUUCCGACAAUCGGUUUUCUGGUCCCAUCCCACAAAGCAUUGGAAAAGCUGCCCGGUAUCUACAAUACUUGUCUCUCUCAGGCAAUUUUUUCAAUGGUAGCAUUCCUGUGUCUAUUGGAAGACUGCAAAGGUUGAUGGUUCUUGAUCUUUCGAGAAACCAAUUAACCGGUAAUAUUCCAACAAGCUUGGGGAAUUGUUCGAACUUGAAGGUUCUUGAUCUAGAUAGCAAUGAUCUAUCUGGAGAAAUUCCAAUGUCAUUCAGCCAUUUAACCAAUCUUCAGACAAUGCACUUGAGCAACAACAGCUUGUCUGGAGAAGUCCCUUCUCUGAUAAGUUGCCGCAAUCUGCUAAUGCUUAAUCUCGGUGAAAAUGAAUUGUCAGGGAAUAUCCCCACAUGGUUAGGAGAGAGCUUAUCAUCUCUUAUAGUCCUCCGCCUACGAUCAAACAACUUCAGUGGGAGCAUACCUCCACAGUUAUCAUAUCUAACUUCUCUUCAAAUCUUGGACCUCGCAGAUAACAACUUGUCAGGGCCCAUUCCUCCAAGUUUCAAUAAUUUCACCAGCAUGGCAGAAAUUGAUAAAAUAAAUCGCGACCUUCAUUUCCACGCAGUAGUGUAUGGUGCAGGAAACUACUACGAGGAGAAUGUGUUGUUGGUAACUAAAGGGAUGGGACUCAAAUACACCAGGACGCUUUCGCUUGUAACUGCUAUGGACAUUUCAGGCAAUAAUUUAUCUGGAGAAGUACCCGAAUCAUUGAUGACACUCUCAGGCUUACGAGUCCUAAACUUAUCAGGAAACUAUCUGGCCGGUAACAUACCAAAGAACAUUGGAAGCUUGAGUACUAUGGAAUCUUUGGACAUCUCUAAUAAUAGGCUAUUCGGCGAUAUCCCUCCUAGCAUAGCCGACUUGUAUCAUUUGGUCGGAUUGAAUGUCUCCAACAACAAUCUUUCCGGGAUGAUACCUCUUGUAAGGCAAUUGCAGACGCUUACUGACCCUUCCAUAUACACUGGUAAUCCAUUCCUCUGUGGUUUUCCACUUCAAAAGAGCUGUGAAGAAGAAACUCCAACAAUUCAGCCUGAUGUUGAUGAAGAUGAAGGUGGAGAGGAAUUUUGGUUUUAUGCUAAUAUUGGUUGUGGGUUUGUAACAGGGAUUAUGGGCCUCUUUACUGUUUUAUCAAUCAGGAAGCGUUGGAUGGAUGUCUACCUCCAAUUUCUUGAUGAAAUCAUAGACGAAGUCACUGCCAUUGGCAAGUUGAUAUAUGUGAAGGUAUUCGGCGGCCGUUGA